GUGAAAGAAGAAGAUUGUCCUGAGAGUAAAUAACAGGAGAAAUUGACAGAAAUAUGAGAAAUAUGGAGUUUGUUAAAGUGGAGCUUGACGACAUGAGUGAUCCAGAACCGUGUGUAAUUAAAUAUGAAGAUACUGAGGAACAAACAGACUGGAUGGAAGUGAACCAGCAAGUACAUGAACUAAAUGAAGCAGAGGAUGAACGUUGUACCUUUCAAGCUCAAAGAACAAAAGCCAAACAGCUGCACACCUGCUCACAGUGUGGAAAGAGCUUCACACACAAAGGAAAUCUUAACACACACGCAAGAAUGCACACUGGAGAGAAACCAUACACAUGCCAUCAAUGUGCAAAGAGCUUUACUCGUUCAUCAGGUCUCAGUAAACAUCUGCUCUGUCACUCAGGAGUAAAGCCUUUUAGCUGUGAUCAGUGUGGUAAACAUUUCAUUUCCUCAUCAAAACUAAAAACACACCAGAAAGUUCAUUCAGAUGAGAGGCCUUAUGAGUGUUCUUUGUGUCAAAAGAGUUUUUCACGGCUGGACAGUUGUAAACAGCAUCAGAAAACACAUGAUGAAGUGAGAGAUCAUGUGUGUUGUGAAUGUGGGAAGAGCUUUACUACAGCUAGUCAACUAAAACAGCACCAACGAAUUCACACUGGAGAAAGACCUUACAAGUGCGCAUAUUGUGACAGGACUUUCACUCUUUCUGGAAACCUGAAAGCACAUGAGCGAGUUCACACUGGAGAGAAGCCGUAUCACUGUAUUCAGUGUGGAGAGGGUUUCAUAAGCACCAAAAAUCUCAGUUAUCAUCUGCACAUUCACUCUGGAGAAAGGCCAUUUAGCUGUGAUCAGUGUGGAAAAAAGUUUAAAUCGGCAUCAAAUCUAAAAUGUCACAUGAAUGUUCAUACAGAUGAAAAGCCUCACUUGUGUUCUUUGUGUGGAAAGAGUUUUUCAAGACUGAACAGUUGUAAGAUGCACCAGAAAAUGCAUGAUGACGUAAAAGAAUACGUUUGUUUGGAUUGUGGGAAGAGCUUUACUGCGGUCGGCCAGUUGAAACGGCACAAAAGAGUUCAUACUGGAGAAAAACCUUACAAGUGCUCAUAUUGUGACAAGAGUUUCACUGUGUCAAAGACUGUAGCGAUUCAUAUGGAAAAGCAUUGUUCUGUGUCAGAGUGAGCAAAUGUUUUCUACAGAUUCAAAUACUUUUUCAAGUGCGUGAGAUUCAGAUAAAGUAAAUGUGCAGUUUGUUAAAAUAAAGUAGUUUUGCUGGGGAACAGCAAAUUACGACUUUAAUUUUGCAUUUAUGCAUUUUUAUUCUUUGAUUGAAAAUCCCCUCAUAAAGACUUAGACAAAGUAACAAAACAGACAGGAAACAAAUGUAACAAAAACCAAGUGUGAAACGAUUCCCUUAGUUUGUGAGUUUUAAUUUGGAGUUUUCAAAUAAA